UAUAUUUUUCUCUUACGAACUCUUUCGUCUCUCGUCCCCCACAACUCUCUUUUUCAUUUUCGCCUUGGCCGAUCAGUUUCUCGGACUUUCUCGGCUACUUUCCUCCCUGCGAAACAUUCCCUGGACGUUUUCUACGCGGCAUUUAAAUCCAUUUGAUCUGCGAAGAUUCUCUCUCGCCAUAUCGAUCCCCGCAGAUAGCUACUGAUGCCAGUUGCAAAACUCAAGGCCUCUAAUUCUCCAGAAUUAAUGAAAUCGGAGGAGGGAAAUGAUCCUGUAGACACUAUCAUCAGACAAGCAAUUGGAAAAGAGCCUCUUUUGUCUUCCACGAGGGCUGGGGAAGGCCCAGUUCAAUGGAUCCAAUUACUUCAUGCUUUAGAUCAGCAAGAGCUACCAGGUUGGCCCUUUUCCUCUCUGAAGGUGCAGAUGCAGAAGUGUGACAAGUGUUCUCGAGAAUUCUGUUCACUCAUCAACUAUAGAAGACAUAUACGUGUGCACCAUCGAUUGAGAAAGCUUGAUAAGGAUUCUUCUAAAGAUAGGGAUCUGCUAGGAGCAUUUUGGGAUAAGCUCUCUUUGGAAGAGGCAGAGGAAGUUCUGUCAUUCAAGAACGUGACAUUGGAGGGAGUUCCAGGGUCUUCAAUUGUAAAGUCAUUGACAACACUUGUCAGGAAACCAGGAGUUCUUACCUUACCACAAGUAUAUUUGAGAGCUGGUUCUGCCCUUUUGGAUGUUAUCCAAGCUCGACCUUCUAGGUUCCCUAUAUUAUCUCAGGAGCUAUUUGGUAUCCUUGAUGAUGCGAGUGAAAAAACAUUUCUGUGUGGAACAGCGGGGUUGAUGCAAAAGUACGUUUUUGAUGGGGAAGCUGGGAAGAGUGGCCUUGAAACCAAAAACUUAGUUGCUUGCACCAGCUUUUUGGUGGAACAGAAAUUGGUCAAAGCAUGGCUUGCUGAUAAGGAUGCUGAAGCUUUGAGGUGCCAGAAAUUGCUGGUGGAGGAGGAAGAAGCUGCUCAGAAAAGGAAAGCUGAGCUCUUGGAAAAGAGAAGGAAGAAAAAGCUCAGGCAAAAAGAACACAAAGCUAAGGAGCAAAAACAUGGGGAGAAAGUAGAUGCUAAAGUGGGUAUUGGCAAUACUUUGGAGACUGUACCUAUGCUGCCAGCAGAAACCUCCAGCCUUGCCACUGCUGGUGAUUCUGACAUGCCUGACCCCGAAAAACUGUCAGAUCAAGUUCCCUCAUCUUCUGAACCAUUCCAACAUGCAAACUCUGAAGUGGGUCUUGACUCUGAAUCAAGGUAUAGUUGUGAAUGUACUGGUCAGAAUGUUGAAAGGCGUAUGGUGCAGGGAAGUGGUCGCCGUUGGCAAUUGCUCCCAAAAUCACAAAGGGGAGUGUCCAAUGGUUUCCAUUCAGGUCUGAAUUCUCAAGCAUCAAAGCUUGGGGCCAUGCAAAAGCAUGGGAUCCACAGGGAUUCAAGGCCUGGUCCAGUAGCCAACAGCAAUAAAAUAUGGAGCCGAAAACCUAAACCAGAAAUUGAUGGGGAGGUUUUGAAAGCCAGAGUACUAGAAGAGGCUAUAAACCAACCGGAUCAAAUUAAGAACCAUGAGGUUUUGAUUGGCUCUAUAUGUGUUACACUUGGAAAUUGUGGCCAAGAGGGUAAUAAUCUGGCUAGAGCUGGUGAAGAUUGGCUGGCAGAGCACCAAGUGCCAAAGAAGACUAAUGUUCAGGAGAAGCCCAUUAGUCCUGAUUCUUCUCUUCAGAGUGGCACAAAUCGAUCAAUGAUUAAGCUUUGGAGGCCAGUGAGUCGGCAUGGAAGCAAAUGUCCAAUGCCAGUUCAGAAUGACAAUGUAGAGUAUGAAGUGGAUGCGACUGCUGCUGAAAAGGACAAUGAUCAACCCCCCAAGGAUGGUUGUAUAAGAUCGUAUGCGGUGAAUGAUAAUAAUGGUGCUGCUAAGAACAGUGUUAAACUUGUGGCAGAAAGUAUCCGUCCCCAAAGCUGUGUACAUGCUGCAAAAGCUUUCCUUGCACAGAGAUGGAAGGAGGCUAUUGCAGCCGACCAUGUGAAAUUGGUUCUUUCCUCGGCUUCUGAACUUCCAGAAUGCCCAGAGAUAGAAAAUGACUGUGAAGUUGUAACGUCUCAACCACCAAACUUACACAAACGCAGCAUUCUUGGCAAUGCAGAAAACCGAUUGGUUAAUGCAGGGGCUUAUGAGUCUUCAACCACCAGGAAUGUUAAAGAUAAGUACAGAACAAAGCCUGAAAAGGGUGUCAAGAAAAAAUACAUUCCCAAACAGAGCAAUGCAACCUAAGGUUCCAGUUUUACAGAUGGUCUUCUGUCAGAAAAUUUUAAAAAAAAGCUUUGCCGGAAAAUCUUUUCUGUUUUUUCCUAUGGUGUCAUGGCAGAUUGAUUAGUGAGGGUUUUUUUUUUCCUCCGCUUUUGGCUUAAUUGUCUAUUUUUUCUGUAAUAAUUCUGGUGUUUAAUUAAUGCAAAGGUAUUUUUUUCCCUUUAA